AUGACGACGCCUGAUCGCGCAGGAGCACCCGAAGAGCUCGGCAUGAUCGAACUGUUUGGCGAGCGUGCUUCGGCUUUGACACGCACGAUUCACCUGGCGCUUACCGAACUCAACAUCCACUUUGUAUGGAUUACGCGCGCUUCGCACUCGGAUGACACGAGCUCUCGCCAUGCGUAUGCUUCGACUCCGCUGCUCGUCCAUCGACCCGACGGCCUGUACACUCGCUCCGAAGACGUCGUCUCGCUAUCCGGAGCGUUUGCGAUCCGACGUUACAUUGACGAGUUGCUCGCUCCUCUAGCGAUUCGCUCAGGCAAAGGGCUCAAGUUUCUCACUCCACCCCUUGGAGUCUCGAGCGGGACAGUGGAGCCAUGCUCGGUGAUAGCUCGUGCCAAAUUGGACGCUCUGGUCGCCAAGUUCUCACACACUAUCAUCCCCACGCUUGACUCAACCUACAUGAAACCCGCAUCUCUCUUAGCCAAACAGGGCCAACAUCCUGAAUCCAUCAACACGUCUCUAGCAGAAGGUCUCGCGCGAAUCCACUCGCUCUUGGAAAUCGUCCAAUCUCAAGCCGCUACACAGUGGAUCCUACCCGGUACCACCAACCAGUUGACCUGGGCCGACCUCUUCCUCUACCCGAUCCUCGCCGAUCUGAGAGCUAGCCCAGCUGCUCAUUUCGUCUCCGGAGACAGCCCCAACUUCACCUGGCUAGCAGCCUGGUUGCAGAGGAUGGAUCAGAGGGAGAGCGUCCAGCUCGCCAAAAACGCUUGA